GAGAGGAGAUGCUGAAAAACCCCAGCUAUCUAGGGAGGGCGACAUAAUAAUUGGAGGAAUCUUUUCUUUUCACAGCAGCUGGAAAGACAGAGAAGAAACCUACACACACAAACCACUGCCAUUGGAAUGUACCAGGUAAAGUACUGUACAGUGUGUUAUGUUUAUUUAUGUUCUAUGAAUUUUUAUAGGAAAUAAAAAAAUAAUACAUAGUUAAUUAAUUAAAAUAAUUUAAAUUACAAUACUAUUUAAUUUUCUUAGUAUAAAAUGUCACAUUAGAUUUAUUAAUGAAAUCAAAUAGUUGUAAUAUUUUAUCUUUUUCUAUUGUCUGCAUCUAGUUUGAAUUUCAGAGGUUUCCAGUUUGCCAAGGCCAUGUGUUUUACUAUUGAUGAGAUCAAUAACAGCACAGAGCUACUACCUGGAAUCUCUCUGGGUUAUGAAAUGUAUAAUACUUGUGGCUCCAUCACUAAAAGUGUGAAGGCUGCAUUGGCCUUGUCUAAUGGUAAUAAAGCUGUGUCUGCAUCCUCAAAGGAUCCAUGUACUAAACCUGCACAAGUGCAGGCAAUAAUUGGAGAGACGUCAUCCUCUCCUAGCUUGGUUAUAGCUACUGUAAUAGGACCCUUUCAUAUCCCACAGAUCAGCCCUUUUGCCACCUGUGCUUGUCUCAGUGAUAAAUCCAAGUACCCAUCCUUCCUCAGAACAAUACCCAGCGACUACUAUCAGAGCAGAGCUCUGGCCCAGCUGGUCAAACACUUUGGUUGGACUUGGGUUGGAGCUAUUAGGAGCAACAAUGAUUACGGCAAUGAUGGCAUGAAUACAUUCACAAAAACAGCACAGCAACUGGGAAUCUGUGUGGAGUAUUCUUUAACUUUUUUCAGGACAGAUCCACCAAGUAAGAUACAAAUGAUAAUAAACCUUCUUAAGGAUUCCACCUCUAAGGUUAUUGUUGCGUUUGUCUCCCACAUGGAUAUGGAGUUGCUAACACGUGAGCUGUCCUUUCAGAACAUGACUGGGUAUCAGUGGGUUGGCAGUGAAAGCUGGAUGGUUGAUUCAAAAACUGCAGAAGUGGAUAAACAUCAUAUUUUGGAUGGUGCCAUAGGUCUGUCCAUACCCAAAGCACACGUUAGAGGAAUGAAAGAGUUUAUAUUAGACAUUAAGCCAAUUCAUUAUUCAAGCAAUGACAUUUUCACAGAAUUCUGGGAAACGUUAUUCAGUUGUACUUUUAAAGAGUCAAAUUCAUCAGCAGUAAAUUUGAAACAGUGUACUGGACAUGAAGAUUUAACUGGAGUGAAACACGGCUUUACUGAUAUGUCACUUAUGCCCAUAUUCAACAAUGUCUAUAAAGGAGUGUAUGCUGUGGCCCAUGCACUUCAUGAAAUACUUCAUUGUAAUGAUACAUGUAUCUACAAUGUGCAUCUAGACCCAUUCAGGGUUUUACAGCACAUCAGAAAGAUUAAUUUAAUAACAAAGGAAGGACAUGAAGUUUACUUCAAUGAGGAUGGAGAUCCACCUGCAAAGUAUGAAAUUAUAAACUGGCAGCCAACAGAAAAUGGUGUUGUUGACUUUGUCACAGUUGGUCUCUAUGAUGCAUCUUUACCUGCAGACAAACAGCUGAGUCUGCAAAAUAAGACUUUAAUCUGGACCCAGAACUCAACACAGAUUCCUGUGUCAAUAUGCAGUGACAAAUGUUCCCCAGGAACUUGUAAGGUUCUCCAGAAAAGAAAGCCUGUCUGCUGCUAUGACUGUAUAAGAUGUGCAGAGGGAGAAAUAAGCAACACCACAGACUCUGUCACUUGUGUUCAAUGUCCACCUGAAUUCUGGUCAAAUGACAGAAGAGAUGAAUGUGUAAAGAAGGAGGCAGAGUUUCUAUCCUAUGAAGAAAUGAUGGGAGCACUGCUCACUGCAGCAUCUUUAUGUGGAACAUGCAUGACUGCUAUUGUGGCCUUCAUUUUCUUCACAUACAGGAAAACUCCUAUUGUCAGGGCCAACAACUCUGAGCUGAGCUUCCUGCUGCUCUUCUCCUUGACUCUGUGCUUCCUGUGUUCUCUGACCUUCAUGGGUCGACCCUCUGAGUGGUCCUGCAUGCUGAGACACACAGCAUUCGGCAUCACCUUUGUCCUCUGUAUGUCUUGUGUUCUGGGGAAAACUGUGGUGGUGCUAAUGGCCUUCAGAACUUCACUUCCAGGCAGUAAUGUGAUGAAGUGGUUUGGACCAACACAGCAGAGACUCAGUGUUCUGAUCUUCACUCUCAUACAGGUUGUAAUAUGUGUCCUGUGGUUAAUGACUUCUCCUCCUUUUCCAUUUAAGAACUUGAAGGUAGUCAAAGACAGAAUCAUCUUAGAAUGUGCUCUGGGCUCAGCUGUAGGGUUCUGGGCUGUACUUGGCUACAUAGGUUUUCUGUCUCUCUUCUGUUUUGUUCUUGCUUUUCUGACUCGAAAACUGCCUGAUAACUUUAAUGAGGCCAAGUUCAUCACCUUUAGUAUGUUGAUAUUCUGUGCAGUGUGGCUCACUUUUAUUCCAGCUUAUGUCAGCUCUCCUGGAAAGUUCAGUGUUGCUGUGGAGAUAUUUGCUAUUCUGGCUUCUAGUUAUGGGUUGUUGAUAUGUAUAUUUUUUCCAAAAUGUUACAUUAUCCUACUGAAACCAGAGAAAAACACAAAAAAUAAUGUAAUAGGAAAGGUGGCACCAAUGAGUACCUAAAAGUGUAUAAAUAACGCAUAUACAUAUGCAUAUAUUGAUUAUCAGUGUAGUGUCACUGCAUUCUGUCUUUUGA